UGUGCUGCCAUCUUUCCGUAGUGAAAUAGCGUUUAUCGACAUCGACAUUGCAACCGACGCGUUAGAAACUUAGUAAAUUAAUUAAUUGACCAUCCAACGCAGACUUCACACCCAACGUACAUGGAAAAUGCCGAAAAAGACUGAACUCCACACCGCGCAAGUGCAAGUGCAAUAAACGCAAUAAAUGACGAGCUUGGCGAUCAAAGAACGCAGUAUAGAAAAAAGUGAGACACACACGAAAAAAAAAACUGAGUUCGCUGUUGUGUGUAAAUGCAAAUGAUUUAUUUUCGUGCAACAACAACAACAGCGCAAAGGCAGCAGAAAAGGCAAAAAUAACAACAAAAAAGAAAAGGCGAAUAUGAAUGUGUGUGCGGGUCGCGUUGAAGAAAAUUAGAUAAAAAGCCAAAUGAAAUUAGCUCACGCCUGAAUUUCGAGUUUCGGUGCGGUGCAAGGUGAACGAAAAGGCGAAAAGCAAUCAAAACAGUUUUUCCAUUUUCCCAGUGUGCGUGUGCAGUAGAAAAACCACCUGCAUUGAUUUAUAUGUAGCCAGAAAAACAGCAACAAAACAUACAAAAAAAAAAACGGAACUUGCACCGAGGAUAUAUACACACACAUGCUGACCGUAUGCGCGCGUGUGUGUGCAUGGCCGUAAAGGCUGACUGAUAAAAAGGAGAAAAAACAACAAUAAAAAACAAGAAAAAUAAAACAUACAGACACCAACGCAGCGGGGCACCAAUACCACGGCACGAUUUCUUGGAGGCAGCCUGCCAUCCGCAAAAAUAAAGCCAUUGCCGGAAAAUCCGGAAGGGCGAAGAACCUGAACCUGAACCUGGCGAGGAUUGCGGGUACCGAGAAGAAUUGUAGACACAUUUGUGCCGCCGCGAGAACCCUUCCGAUGUCCAAUAAAAUCAACCCGAAGCGCCGCGAAACGACAGCAGCAGCAGCAGCAGGAGCCGGGGCCACGGGAGUGGCCACCAACACGAGCAGCUCGACGGGAUCCUCCAGUGCCGGCAACACGUCCUCGGCCAACACAUCCUCGUCGUCCAGCUCCUCGCUGUCGUCCGCCGGCGGCGGUGAUGCGGGCAUGUCCGCCGAUCUGACCUCGCUGUUCGAAUGCCCCGUCUGCUUUGACUAUGUGCUGCCGCCGAUCCUGCAGUGCUCCAGCGGGCACCUGGUGUGCGUCUCCUGUCGCUCCAAGCUCACCUGCUGCCCCACCUGCCGCGGCCCGCUGGCGAAUAUCCGCAACCUGGCGAUGGAGAAGGUCGCCUCGAACGUCAAGUUCCCGUGCAAGCACUCUGGCUACGGCUGCACCGCCUCGCUGGUCUACACGGAGAAGACGGAGCACGAGGAGACGUGCGAGUGCCGGCCCUACCUGUGUCCCUGUCCGGGCGCCAGCUGCAAGUGGCAGGGCCCGCUGGACCUAGUCAUGCAGCAUCUGAUGAUGUCGCACAAGAGCAUCACGACGCUGCAGGGCGAGGAUAUCGUGUUCCUGGCCACCGACAUCAACCUGCCCGGCGCCGUCGACUGGGUGAUGAUGCAGUCCUGUUUCGGCCACCAUUUCAUGCUCGUGCUGGAGAAGCAGGAGAAGUACGACGGCCACCAGCAGUUCUUUGCCAUCGUCCAGCUGAUCGGAUCGCGCAAGGAGGCGGAGAACUUUGUGUACCGCCUGGAGCUGAACGGUAAUCGCCGGCGGCUCACCUGGGAGGCCAUGCCGCGCUCGAUCCACGAGGGCGUCGCCUCGGCGAUCCACAACUCGGACUGCCUGGUGUUCGACACGUCGAUUGCGCAACUGUUCGCCGACAAUGGCAACCUGGGCAUCAACGUGACCAUAUCCCUGGUCUAAACGCACUGUCAAUUCGCCGAGCUAUUUAAUAUUUUUGUGUUUACUUCUUCGAUACAUAUAUAUAUGAAUAUAUAUACAUACAUAUAGUUUAUAGGCCUCUGUUCGCAUCAGGCGAAUAACUCUUGGAAAAGAUUGAGAAGAGGACGUUUUGCAGAGUUGUUUUAUAAAAAUAAUUCUCUAUUCUAAGAGCCACUUACAUGCAUAUGUAUAUAUAUCUAUGGACAUGUCGGGGCUGUCUUAAUUAUCACAUUCGGCAAGAUAUCAACCUUUUUUUGUUAUAUUUAAAUAAGUUUACCCCUGAUUACGCACACAUAUUUGUUUAUACUUUUAGUAUAAUCUUUUAAAAAAGAAAAGAAAUCCGUAUUAGAUUUUGUAAGCCAAUUACCAAUUAUGUUUGUAUUAAACCUGUAAAACCUUCGAAAAUGUGAAGUACUUUUGUCGAUAUUGUGACACUGUAACUCUUGCCGAAUGUGAAAAUCGAAGAAGACCUGUAUGUUUGUAUGUCUAAACGGUUCGAUUGGUACUCUAGUUCUAGGACUCGAUUUUUCAGUUACCGCACACACUAUAUUUCAAUGUUUCAGUGUUGCCCGUUUUGUUAGCUCGUGGGUUUCUGCUUUAGUUUAAUUUAGUUCUUAAGGGCCACACACCUGGAGCAGAGCUGCCUGCGAGUGCCCACGUGCCCACCACGUACCACCCACUACAGUGAACACUAGGAACACAGACCCACUCACCAAAACAAGCAGCGGAGACAGCAAGAAUGGCGAUACGGUGGUCACACUCAUCACACUCGAAACAUGUACUGCAAAGUCUAGUUUAGUUAAUGUAAAUUAUUUUAUACAAUACUUGUAAAUGGUAAUAAGUAAAGCGAGCAGUUUAACGAAAUUUAACAAACCUAAUAACAAUAACAAUAGCGGCAAGGGCGAAACAAAAAAGAAAGUAAUAUUUGAUAGCGAUAAUCUGUAAUAACUCGAGAGUUGUUAUAAAAGCAGAAUAAAAGGAACUGCUGCGACCAGCAAUUUUGUUCAUGCCAAAACCAUCACAGAAUUAACAAAAGUAACUAAAAAGAAACAAAAUAAUUUUUUUCGCAAUGCUAAAAAGACAAUUGUACUACCCCUCCCCCAUUUUCCAACCCAUCCCGAAUCGUAAAAAAAGCAAUGUUAAUGUUUAAAUUUCCACCUAGUUUAGACGAUCUCCCCGGUCCGGCUCAUGUUUUGGUUUUGAUUUCUUUCGACCGACGUUUUCCGAUCGAAAACGGAAGAAAAUAAAUGAUUUUAAGCAUCUGCACCGUAAUUAGCUUUUAAUGCGCCGAUUUACCGCGCCACUACCAUACGAGAUCACUCACACAGACACAAAAACUACAGAAGUGAAAUAAACGUGAUUAGUAAAAGUAAAA